CUGGCAUUUCCUUCUCUCUCUGAUCUAUUCCUCUCCACUGUCAAAUCUUCCUUCGGACCUACAUCACUUGUUUGUCCCCAAUUUUCCACACGGUGUGCCCGUUAUGAAGCUCAACGCAGCUAUCGCUCCGGCUCUCUAUGCGUCGGCCCUGCUCGUCGGCACCACGUUGGCGCAGGAAGAGGCCGCACCCUCAUCCAGUGUCGCUGAGAGGCCCAUCUUCACGCCCACAAGCCUUAAAGCCCCCUUUCUGGAACAGUUUACCGACGACUGGGACUUGAGAUGGACACCCUCGCAUGCGAAAAAGGAAGACUCCAAGAGCGAUGAGGACUGGGCUUAUGUUGGGGAGUGGUCUGUUGAAGAGCCAUCUGUCCUGCCCGGUAUUGUGGGCGACAAGGGGUUGGUCGUCAAGAACGCAGCCGCACACCAUGCCAUCUCCGCCAAAUUUCCCUCUGUCAUUGAUAACAAGGGCAAGACGCUGGUCGUACAAUACGAGGUGAAACUUCAGAAUGGCCUGGAAUGCGGUGGUGCCUACAUGAAGCUCCUGAAAGAGAACAAGAAGUUGCACGCGGAGGAGUUUUCUAACACGUCACCCUAUGUGAUCAUGUUUGGCCCUGACAAGUGUGGUGCUACCAACAAGGUAAGGGUCAAUGCAUGACUAUGGGUGGCUGCGACUUACUUAUGUACCCUUACAGGUCCACUUCAUCUUCAAACACAAGAACCCGAAGACUGGCGAGUACGAGGAGAAGCAUCUCACGAGCCCUCCACAGGCGAAGAACGACAAACUUACCCACCUCUAUACUUUGAUUGUCAAUCCCGACAACACGUUCGAAAUGCUAAUUGACAACAAUUCGGUCAAAUCUGGCAGCCUCCUCGAAGACUUCUCUCCUUCAGUCAACCCAGAGAAAGAGAUCGACGACCCCAAGGACAAGAAACCUGAUGAUUGGGUUGAACAAGCCCGUAUCCCAGACCCUGCCGCGACCAAGCCAGAAGAUUGGGAUGAGGAGCAGCCAUACGAGGUCGUGGACGAGGAAGCCGAGAAGCCUGAAGACUGGCUCGAGGACGAGCCCACCAUGAUCCCAGAUCCAGAAGCAGAGAAGCCCGAAGACUGGGACGAUGAAGAAGACGGUGACUGGAUCCCUCCACAAGUUCCUAACCCCAAGUGCGAAGAAGUGUCUGGAUGCGGCAAAUGGGAGCCACCAAUGGUCAAGAAUCCUCUCUACAAGGGCAAGUGGACCGCACCAUACAUUGAGAACCCAGACUACAAGGGUCCAUGGGCACCUCGCAAGAUUCCCAAUCCGGAUUACUUCGAAGACAAGACCCCAUCCAACUUUGAGCCCAUUGGAGCUAUUGGCUUCGAGAUCUGGACCAUGCAGUCCGACAUCACCUUUGACAACAUUUACAUUGGACACUCCGUUGAAGAUGCUGCCGCGUUCCGUGUCGAAACAUACGAUGUCAAGCGACCGAUCGAGGAAGCCGAGGAGGAAAAGACCAAGCCUAAGCCGUCAGAGUCUCCCAAGUCUCCCUCGGACCUCAGUUUUAUGGAUGACCCGGUUACAUUCGUCAAGGAGAAGCUCGAGCUGUUCAUCACCCUGGCCAAGAAGGACCCAAUCGAGGCGAUUAAGUUCAUGCCCGAGGUUGCUGGCAGCAUCGGUGGAGCCCUUGUCCUUCUCAUCGCCAUCGUCUCCAGUUUGGCCGGCAUGGGUGGCGCUGCUGCCCCUAGCAAGGACGACAUCAAAAAGAGUGCCCAAAAGGCCAAGGAAGCUGCCGUUGACGCCAAGGACAAGGCUGCCGACGCUGCCUCCAGCGGUGCCGAGACGGUCAAGGCGGAAGUGACCAAGAGAACCACGCGGUCAAGCGGGAAUGCCGAGUGAAGAGCCGAUGGCUGCUGCUAAACGUCUCUUUCAGAGGCUGGCACCGUCUUCUCUUUUAUGAGUGAAGCGGCAAAUGAGUCUUUAUGGCGUUGAUAAGUACGGAGUAGGUAUAUGGUUCGGCCUGUCGACGGGAUCUUCCGCCACACGUACUGGAAGCAAGCGCAUAGGUUUCAAAUAAAAAUAAGGAAGAUGAAACUCUCAGAUUUUGAU